UCGCUGAAGUCAAUAGCGGAAGUGGUGUCAUUUUGCUCAUCCACUUCCUACCCUCCGAUUGACACGCAUUCACCGGCCAACUCGGCUUAUUAUUUUUUGUCGCCACCCCGCCGGUUCACGUCUGUAGCUGCUGGUGCUGUUUUAUGAUCGGUCGUUUGUUCGGUAACGUGUCACAGAGGGUGCCGAGCUUGCUGUACCGGGUGUCGCUAAUGAUGAAGCCGCAGGUUGUGUUCGUGCUGGGCGGGCCUGGCGCAGGCAAAGGGACCCAAUGCUCCAAAAUCGUGGAGAGCUACAAUUACACACAUUUGUCAGCUGGAGACUUGCUGAGAGCAGAGCGGGCUAGAGAGGGGUCAGAGUUUGGACAGCUCAUUGGCAACUACAUCAAGGAGGGCAAAAUUGUCCCUGUGGAGAUCACCAUCAACUUACUCAAGAAGGCAAUGGAAGAGACCAUGCAGAAAGAUGAGAAAAAGUUCCGUUUCCUCAUAGACGGUUUCCCCCGCAACGAGGACAACCUUCAGGGGUGGAACAAUGUCAUGGAUGGCAAAGCAGAUGUCAAAUUUGUGCUUUUCUUUGACUGCGGCAAUGAGGUUUGCAUCGACAGAUGUCUAGAAAGAGGGAAAAACAGUGGACGCACUGAUGACAACAGGGAAAGCUUGGAGAAAAGAAUCCAAACCUACCUGCAGUCCACGCAGCCAAUCAUUAAACUGUAUGAGAAACACGGAAAGGUGCGCACUGUAGACGCCUCUCGCUCUGUGGAUAAGGUGUUUGCUGAUGUGAAAGCCAUUCUAGACAAAGAAGGUUGAGUUUUUCCAGCUGCCAACUGCAUUCAUUUACCCUUUUUUAGUUUUCUUUUUAUCAACUGCCAGUACACUAUAAUACGUUUUUACUUUUGGUUAAUUUUUUUUUGUUUUCCAUCUCUUUUGUAAAAUGUUGCACUGUUUGUUUGUGAAUAUGUGUACAAUAUGUAUUGGUAUGGAUGAGAAGUAUUGUUGCCUAGCAGCUACUUGUGAUCAACAUGCCAUGCUCAGAAGAGCUCACAGCUCGUCUGCACUCUUUCAUCAUAGUUUGAGGCCUUUGCAUAGGAACAAAUUGUAUCACUUCUAGUAGUGGAAGUAGCUUUAAAAAAAAAUGGUAUAUAGCGUAUCACUAAUGUCUUCAGAGUAUCAUGUCAUUGGAAGCUGCCAUAAUGCUUCAGACCAAAUAGUUUGACCUGAUGACGGCCGGCUGGGAUUGAUUUAAGACUGACUGAACAUCCAAUAGCCUCCAAAUAAAAUGCAUAAAACAUCUGUCUCAUGUUUAAUGGACAGUACUACAGAGGCUGUUGCUUUUGUGCCAUUUAGAGUUAUCCGGUAUAUAUUUCUGUGGUAGAUGCCCAAUUCAUCAAUGCAUAUUUGACUUCGUAUCUGAACGUCUCGACAUGGUCCAUCACAGCUAUGACACUUGGGACUAAUCAUAGAGAAAACAUAAAGGAUUUGUCAAAUCUGUACUGUAUCAGCUUGAAGGAGGGGGCUAAAACUCAAAAGUAAAAAAUAUUUUUUUCCUUU